UUACAUGUACAGGCAAGCUCAGUUGUCGAGAUCCCACUGAGGAGCAUGGAUACAGACAAGCAACUCAAUAUUCUUCGAGAAGGAUUUCUGGUGAAAAGGGGUCAUGUUGUACAGAACUGGAAGGCACGCUGGUUUGUGCUGACCCCAGACAAGUUGUUGUAUUACAAAUAUGAAGGAAGUAAAAGGGACUCAUGCCAGCGAGGGAAAAUCCUGCUAAAGGACUGUGUGAUAACAUGUCCUUUCCUGGAGUAUGAAAAUCGGCCGUUGGUAAUGAAGCUCCAGACAAAGCAUGGGGUCGAUCACUAUUUGGAGGCUUGUUCCAGGGAGGAGAGAGAUGAGUGGGCAGCUGAUAUCACUGCUGCAGUCAACAAUCUGCAAACAACUAAUGGCAAGUCCAAGACAGACAAGCCAGACCCGGCUGAAUCCCAGUUGAACAACAUUAGCUUGAGCAAGGUGUUGGACUCAAUGUAUGACGUGCACAGUGGCAUCAAGCUGAGCAACCAUGUGGAGCAGGGCAGCACUUAUAGUAACUGUUUCUCAGGUUCAGCGGUGGUGGACUGGCUGGUGUUCAUGCAGUUGGUUCUUACCCGUGUGGAGGCUGUGACGCUGGCCUCGGCCCUUGUGGAGGAGGGUUUCCUGCGAACUGUUGGUCUGAAGAGUGUGGAGGCACUUCGCACUGCCGGCCUCAGCGGGCAAUUCAUGGAUGACUCCACUGCUCUGUACAGCUUUUCUGACAGCUUAAAGAAGAGAGGCAGUGUGAAAGCAGAGAAAUCGUUGUCUGCAGUGGAGCUAAGUGGGAAGGUGAUAAAAAGAGGAUAUCUGCUUAAACAGGGACACAGAAGAAAGAACUGGAAAGUGAGACUGUUUGUUUUGCGAUCAGAACCUGCUUUCCUUCACUAUUAUGAUCCAGCCAAGGAUGACAUCAGCCCUGUUGGUGGUUUCUCACUCCGAGGGUGCCUUGUGUCAUCUUUAGAGGAUAACGGCGUUCCCUCAGGUGUUAAAGGCAACGUUCAAGGCAACUUGUUUAAAAUUAUAACUCAGAGAGACACACAUUACUUCAUCCAGGCGCCAACUCACCAGGAGAAAAUGGACUGGUUAGAUGCAAUAAGAUCACAGUGCUGAUUCAUGUUAAAAACAUGUUUCAGCAGGUGAAGACGAUUCAAGUUAAAUAUUCAGAGAAUGUGUAGCAGUGUCAGAGC